AUGGUGGAAGAACUUAUUUUAUCCGGAGCAGAUAUAAUUAAAGUGGGUAUUGGACCUGGUUCUGUAUGUACAACCCGUAUGAAAACUGGAGUUGGAUACCCUCAGCUUUCUGCAGUUAUUGAAUGUGCUGAUGCAGCACAUGGUUUACAAGGACAUAUUAUAUCUAGGCCCCAGAAAAAAACGAAAUGUACCGUAAACUACAUAAAACUUCAAAUCGCUUCAUUAAAGCCUACAAUUUGGAAAACUGAAAAUGCUGAAUAUGAAGUAAAGCACACUUUAUUUUCUACAAUGGUGGAUGGCAAAGUAGUUCAAGUGUUGACAGAAACACCUUCAGCAGCUUCUUGUGUUUGUGGAUCAAAUCCAACCGAAAUGAAUAGGUUGGAUAGGGUUAGAGAUAAAAAUAUAGAUCCACAAUCUUUAGAGUAUGGGCUUUCAAGUCUUCAUGCGUGGAUUAGGUUUAUGGAAUGUGUAUUACAUAUUGCUUAUAACCUUCCAUUUAAAACAUGGACAGUUAGAACUGAUAAAAAUAAGGCCCUAAGAAAAACAGAAAAAUUAAGAAUUUUGAAAAAAAAGGAAUAA